AUGAAUAAUAUUAUCAAGUAUGGUUCAAUUUCUGCAAUUCCGUUGUACAACUGCAGUGCUCAUACACCCGAAGAAUGGUCAGAAAGAGAUGGAGUAGAACGUCCGAUAGUGGGGUGUUUGGACAUGGCGUACGGAAUAUUCAUUAAUAUAAUGUAUAUUCCAAUUCUCACUGUAAUGUUCGAGAAAGACAACUUCAAAAUGUCAUGUUUCAAAAUUAUGACAUUUUUGGGAAUCGUCGACAUGCUCGCUCUUUGGGUCAAUUCCAUCAUAACAGGAUUCUUGGCAUUUCAUGGAGCAGUAUACUGUAGCUAUCCAAAUCUGAUCUAUAUUUCUGGAAUGGCUGGUUUGAGUCUCUGGUGUUGCUCGUGUAUUAUUGCAAUGAGUCUGGUUAUCAAUCGACUUCUGGAUCUAACAAAACCAAGAAUAUGUGCAAUGUUUUUCGAGGGAAAGAAAACGUUUCUCGUGAUGACUCUUCCCAUUAUUUACGGUCUUUAUUUUCUGUUUUUCACAGCUCCAGUGAUGUUUUCUUCGAAGUUUAUGACUUGGUUCUUCGAUCCAUUAAUCUUCCCGGACCGUGGAUUCGAGUACGCCAACAUCCCACACGGCUUCAACAACCUUCUGGUCGUCGGUGUCACCUGUCUUCUGUAUACUUCAUUGUGCUGUGUUUUAGGAGAGAAAUUCAAUAUGAUUGAGGAUACAACUCAUUCGAAAACUAAAAACUUGAGUCUCCAAAUCUUCUUCCAAUCCGCCCUCAUCUGUGCAAUCAAUCAAAUUGCUUCCGUGAUAUACGUCAUUAUGAAUUUCUUUGAAGUGCCUCUCUGGCUCAUUAUGCUUGGUCACGUUCUUUGGCAAUUCGGACACGGUGCCCCUGUUUUGAUCUACUUGGCUCUCAACAGAACCUUAAGAAAUGGACUUCUUAGAAGACUCGGAUUCCGGAAAAUCAGAAUCGCAAGCUAUAAUCGAGAUCAUGGAAGUGUGAACAUUACCAAGACUGGCUCUCAUUAA